UCCACGGAUUCAUCGUUAGAAAAACGAGACCAGCAACACAACAACAGCUUGGUAAUUGGCUUAAGUAUCCUGCAAACUAGUCCCCACAUUACUGCAUCACCUACGUCACUAUGAUGAACUGGCUAUGGAUACCAGCUGUGACCCUGUUAGCUCUUUUUAUAUUGGUGCUAUGUUGGCUCUUCUUUGCCGAUUAUACCUGCUGCCCCUGCAGGCGAAGGAGGAGGCUCGAGCCAGCUCUUUCAGCGGAGGGUCUGCACACCAUAACCCCAAGUGCACCUCUGCCAGGAACCCUCCCUCAUUAUCCAGUGCUUCCCACAGCUCCCCAGUACUUCCCUGUGCCGCCUUCAGAAGGGAGCUACCUACCCUUGAAACAUGGUGACUUACCAUUUCAACAGGUACUUAGGUUUGAAGAUGGUAUUUUAACAUUAGACCUACACACCAUGACUGUUAGAGAGGCCAUACAAACCACUGAGGCCUUCAUCCGUCAGUACUGGGGGCAGCAGGAGAAGGUCAGAAUAAUCACUGGUAGAGGACUCCACAGUGAGAAUGGGAUGCCUAAGGUCAAGCCAGCAGUCAAGGAUCUCCUGUUAAACCAUGGUCUCCAGCAUACUGAGAUAUGUCAAGGAGGGUGCUUUGAAGUCUUUCUUUCUGGCUAGUAUCCCAUUAUGAAUAGUAUAAACAGCCAAGCGUUCCCAUAUGUCAUCAGUAGUAAUCCCUUGGCAGUGUUACAGAGAUUUAUAAUGUAGGAUAACCAGUCUUCCUAAAAGCAGUAUUUUGGAAUAUCCAAUAUUUUCAUAAUAGCUUAUCAAGAGGAAUAGUCAUGAUAUUUUAUCUGAAUUUUUAAAAAGAUAUUCAUUGGUAAAAUGAAUGCUUGAGUAUAUAUUUAAGGCUUCCUGGUACCUGUUUUUGUAAAAACAUGGAAAGUGUAUUUCAUGUAUUUUUAUACAGUAUUUUUCUUAAGAGUUGAAUGAUUUGUUACCAAUGAAUAUGCUUUACUAUGGUUAUGUAAAGUCACAGUUACUUGGAACUUGCACAGGAAAACCUAAUUUGUUUUCCUUUUUCAAGAAAAAACUGUAUUAUUAACUUUAAGGCAUGUGAGUUUUGGAGAAGCUUUACAAACAGUUCAGUGACUUUUCUUUCCUAAUACAGCAUUUAAAGUUCUUUUGAACAUAGAGCAAAUACUCAUCCUUAGGAAAUGAUAUAUAUGUUAAACCGAAGCUGUUUUGAUUCAAACCAAUAUCUUUCUUUAAUACAUGUGAAGGAAUGUGUUGCAUGGUGUUAUCUUUACCUUAUUUCAUGGUUAUGUUGCAUUUUUUUUUUGCAUUUGAGUAAUGUUUACAUAUAUGUUAAUAAUUUGUUGUAUUCUUGGAAACCUGUUUGGUAUUCAAUUUUCAGUCUGCUUUUAUUUCUGUCUACAUUUCUGCUUCAUAUAUGCUGAUUGUUAUUAAUACUUUUAUAAUAGAUGAAUACAUAUAAACCCAAACAGGGCUUCCCCCGUGCAUGUAUAAAUAAUAUAGUCUUUCUAUUCAAGUUGAAAUGACAAGCUUUCAUAUAUAAUGUUCCUAGGUACUUUUUUUCUGACUUGUACAAAAUUCCAUCUAGGUGCAUUUAAGAUAAGGAGGAACUGUAAGUGAGAAUGGGUUUCUAGCUCAUGACAUCUAUAAAUACCAUAAAUAAUUUGUUACUGUUAUUUGGUAUAUGUUAAGGUGUUAGGGUGGUUAUGAAGUCCUCAGAGUAAUCUCGUAUUCCUAUUAAUGCUGUUUAGUAAGUCAAAGUGCUAACGUAAAAUAAAUCUAGUCAGGGGCUCACAUACCCUUGUUCUUGCUGAAAAAACAAUCUGUCAGAGAAAGUUGAAGAUAUAUGUAAAAUCUUUUAUAUAUAGUUAUGUUUAUCAUUAUUGGUAAUGGUAAAGAAAUGUAAAUUGGGUAUCAUGGUCUUAUUGUUUUGUUUUCGUUUAAUGUUGAUAUUCAUAUUAGUGCUGUGUCAGUGUUGUUAUGAUUUUGUUCUUUUCAUCAUAAUUUGCCAUUAUUAUAAGAAGUAAUAUUUUGUAUUGCUAUCCAACUUUAUUUUUUUCCUUAUCCAAAAAUAGUAAGGAGUUUACAAGUUCACAUUUUCUUAGUUAUUUGAUAUAUUCUUUGUGUACAUUAACCAUUCAACCCAGAUUUAUGUACUGCCCACUGUAGUUUUCUAAUGACUUUUAUUGCAUAUAGAUGACUCUUCAAGUGCAUAGUCAACAAGGAGUCAAGUAAUAGGCCCAAGUGACCACACCUCAUUUCCCCAUUCCUAUUGCAGUUAAUAUUGACACUUAUUAUUAUUAUUAUUAUUAUUAUUAGUAGUAGUAGUAUUGACAUUAUGAUUAAAUUAAUGUUGGUGAAAUACUAAUAAGAAUAACAAUAAUAAGAUAAUAAAAAGGAACCUUCAUGAAAGAGGGAAAAAAGGGUUAACAGUUGAGAUAGGUAGUACUAGUAAAUAACUUCCUGGUGACUUAGUACAUAUGGAGCCAUCUUUGUGUAAACACAAUUAAUAAACAAAAAUAGCAGUGGGUAUGGCAUGUAUUUUUGCCAGCCUGGGCAAGUUGGUUAAGGCUUGAACUGGAACCUCCUACAGUUGCUCAUUACCCCCAGUGUUUUACCUCGGUUAAUUUUCCUUGUGCCAUUUCCUUUUUCUCUAUUUCUUUUUCUUUCUCUACCUCUUUCAUGUUCAGUGUCUCUGUUUCUUGGUUUCAUACUCAUUACUGCUGUCCAUUCCAUGGUCUCUCUCUCUCUCUCAUAUUUUUCUGUUUUAUUAUUCUCUGUUCUGUCGGUAUAUGUAAUAUAUCUAUUUGUAUAUCUAAUUGCUUCUCUCUCUUUAUUUUACUCUAUAUUUCUGUGUUUUUCUCUUUCCUUCUCUCUUUUUCUGUUGAUUAUUCCUCUUUAUUUCAUUCUUUCUCCUUUCAUCUUUUCUCUUCUCUCACUUUUUCUCCUUUCAUCUUUCCUCUUAUCUCUCUUCUUUUUCUCCUUUCUCUCCUCACUCUCAGUACCAAAUCAUACAUAGUUCUUUGUUUUUUUUUUCAUUUUGAUUUUCCAGCACACACUGUCUCUCCCAUUCUUAUGUGAUGUAGGAGCUUUGGUAUCUUUUUAGAUUUUAACAUACACGUGCUUUGAGUUUACUAGUCUCUUACCAGUAAUGGCAUAUAGAAGUAACAAUUAAAAUUUAUUUGGUUUUGAAGAUAAUUUGAUAGUUGAUAAUUUCCAUUUAGGAUUAUUUUAGUGAACUAAAAUACUGUCUUUUGUUUUCAUGAAAAUCACUAUUUUGUAGCAUCUUUUCUGUUUUGUGCAGUGAGAGAGGAACACCAAACUGUGCAGAUGAUAAGGCUUCUAGGUUUCAAAAAGCACUGAGUAGGCCAUAUAAGUUCCUCAGUCAUAAUAUCUGGUGCAGCUCCCCAGAAAUGAAUUACAUUCAUGGGAAAUUAUAUUGUUAAACUAGGAAUACUAAUCUUAAAUGCAGUGGUGUUAUGUAAUGCAUUUGUCUUAACUGUGCCAUAGCAAAAAGGCUGAAUCUUAAGACUAUGUAGUCAUAGUUUUUAAGUACUGUUUUGUAAGAUAAGAGUGCAUUUUAUUACAGCAAUGUCUUAUAAUUGUCAGUGGAUUUUUUCCAAUUUGAUAUUUGUGGUUGAUAGUAGGGAAUGUACUAAAUUUGGUAUAUAUUAAAAAAAAAUACUUCAUAGUGUCUUACCUUUGAUUGAUAUUAUUGUAAAUAUGUUUUGUCACUUUGCCAAUUAAUGUUCUGUUUUCCAGUUGGUAUUAGCUCCAUUGUAUAUUUAUAAUUAGUAGGUGAACAUUAUAAGAUUUUGCUACAAAGUUUCAGAUUUAUAUAAACUAUGUUAUCCACAUAUUUUGUCAUAUUUGUAUAAAUAUACAGUCCCAGCAUUGUCUUUUUUUCACCAAUGAACAAGUGUCAGGUAUUAGGUAUUUAGGGAUACUGUGGAAGUAGUAGUACCUGUUCAUUUGUAGACUGUAUUUCAAUUAUGAAAUUCAGCCAUGUAAUACGUUUGAUAUUUUUGUAUCCUAAGUAAAUCAAUAGUGAUAUGGAAGUUGGUAUUCCAUUAUACAGACAUUGUGAAAUAUGUUUACAAAAAUGGAGGAAAAUUUUUUCCAUUUUUCUUUAUUAGGUUUUUAACCCAAUCCCUACAGAUUUAUGUGCUGUCCCCUGUAGAUUUUUGUGAAUUUUGUUACAUAUAGAUGGCUCCACAUGUGCUUAAGCCAUCACAGAGUCUAUCGGUAGGCCGUAGUAACUGCUCAUGAUUUCUCCAUUCCUUGAUAUUGGGGGAAAAUGCGUUUUUCUUUCUAAUACUAUUGAUAUCAAUAUUCUUUUUACUGCUAUUAUUAUUAUUUAAUUGUUAUUAAAGUCUGGGUAACAUUAAAGACAAUGAAAUAAUACAAAAGAAAAUUAUCUAAAAUCAAGGAAAAGGGUAAACAGGUGAGAUAGGUAGGACUAAUAAAAGACUUUGGUGACUAAGCACUUGUAUAGCCAUCUGUGUAGAUACAGUAAAUAAAAUUGUAUUACAGUGGGCA